AUGGAAGCGGCAGGGAUUGUGCACCCGUUCAGCGACGUCCUCGUCAUCAAAGCUGUCAGCGACUUCGCAGACAGCCAUAAGAACGACGACAUGCAUGGUCCUGCAUCGCUCAAUUCGCCGGCGGUGGCUACCGUGAUACUUGAGGACCUGUAUGGUCCCGGCAAGCAGGAUGGAGCUGGAGCAUACUCUCUGGAUCGCUUGCGUUCCAUCAUCUGGCGCCACUUUACUGGUGGAGGUCAGCCCUGGAAGACUGCAGCUAGAGAGCGCAGCAAGGGCAUUGUGCUGCAGGCAGGGGUAGCUGGUCACUGGGACAUGGACUGCCACUUCAGAGAUCUGAUCUGGCAAUGA